GUGCCGGCCGGUUCCUGCGCUUGCGCACUGGCUCCGCGUCGGUCGGCCGGCCGGUUUGGUCGGUUGUGGUGGCUUCGCCGCCCCGUCCGCCGUCGCAGCGCUCAUCCGCGCCGGGAGCCCUUGGCUGCGUCGCCCGGCAGCCGCGGGAGCAUUUCCUGAAGACGCAGUCAUGCAGCGCAUCAGCAGCUCUCAGAGCAGCCAGCGCCAUGUCCAGUGGCCUGGGGCCUGCCCUGGUGCGGGCGAGGAGCAACCAGCAUGUUCCCAGCCAUCCCCGCCCCUCACGCUGCCAUCCCCCAGCCACCAACUGCAGCAGCUGAUGGAUGGGUCAGGACUCACCCAGAUCGCCCAGGGAGCCCAGGUUCAGCUCCAGCACCCGGGUACACCCAUCACAGUCCGAGAAUGGAGACCUUCCCAGCCCCACACACAGUCAGGGGGCACCAUCCACCACCUGGGACCCCAGAGCCCUGCAGCCGCGGGUGGGGCUGGCCUGCAGCCCCUGGCCAGCCCAAGCCACAUCACCAUGGCUAACUUGCCACCACAGAUCAGCAGCAUCAUACAGGGCCAGCUGGUUCAGCAGCAGCAGGUGCUGCAGGGGCCGCCGCUGCCCCGGUCCCUGGGCUUCGAGAGGACGCCCGGCAUGCUGCUCCCUGGGGCUGGGGGCGCAGCGGGGUUUGGGAUGAUGGCCCGCCUGCCACCCACCAGCCCUUCCAGGACUGCCGUGCCCCCAGGCCUUUCCAGCCUCCCACUCACGUCUGUGGGGAACACGGGAAUGAAGAAGGCUCCCAAGAAGUUAGAGGAGAUUCCCCCAGCCUCUCCGGAGAUGGCACAGAUGAGGAAGCAGUGCCUGGACUAUCAUUACCAGGAGAUGCAGGCUCUGAAGGAGGUCUUCAAGGAGUAUUUGAUUGAACUGUUUUUCUUGCAACACUUUCAAGGGAACAUGAUGGAUUUCUUAGCUUUCAAGAAGAAACAUUAUACCCUAUUACAAGCAUAUCUUAGGCAGAAUGAUUUGGACGUUGAAGAGGAGGAGGAGGAGCACUUUGAAGUCAUUAAUGAUGAGGUAAAGGUUGUGGCCAGAAAGCACGGGCAGCCUGGGACUCCUGUUGCCAUAGCAACCCAGCUAUCGCCGAGGACUUCUGCGGCUUUUCCAGCCCAGCAGCAGCCGCCCCAGCCCCUGGCACCCACCACUGUACUGUCUGUCUCUGCAGAUUGGAAUGCACUUCUCCAGCGACCUAAGAGGAAUGCCCCCCACGCCGCAGGCCGCGCAGCUCGUUGGACAGAGACAGAGGCAGCAGCAGUACGACCCCUCCACGGGGCCUCCCGUGCAGAACGCCGCCAGCUUGCACACCCCAUUGCCACAGCUGCCCCGGAGGCUGCCCCGGCCGGGGUCCGCGCUGCAGCGUCUUUGCAGGUCUCCCAGCAGCAGGCGACAGAGCCACAAGCACAGCUCUCUGUCCAGGGAAGGACCCAGCAGCCAAUCGCAGCGCCGCCACUUUUCCUGCCAGGCCAGCUCUCGGCGCCACCAGGCAGGCUGUUUAGCUCCACCUCCCGACAGGGAGAUCCCCAGGCCCACCAGCCUCCGCCUGCGGCACCAUCCCAGGAGAACCAGGUGCAUCAGCGCAUUGCGGAGCUGAGGAAAGCAGGUCUGUGGUCCCAGAGGCGUCUGCCGAAGCUGCAGGAGGCCCCACGGCCCAAGUCCCACUGGGACUGUCUGCUGGAGGAGAUGCAGUGGAUGGCCACAGACUUUGCCCAGGAGACGUGGGAGGUGGCUGCUGCGAAGAAGGUGGGUUGGAAUAGUACUUUGCGGAAAUCACAUCGUGAAAGAGAAUUGACGAAUUAAUUAUAUUGUGUAAAAGGAAAUGUCUAAAUGUAAUAUGGCCAAUUUAAUGUUUGAGUUUUCAUCACUAACUCUAAGACUUUACCUGACUGUAAGUCUUUUUUUUGAGACAGAGUCUCACUCUGUCACUCAAGCUGGAGUUCAGU